ACAGACGGAGGCUUUUUUACAUUGUGCUCAGUGUGUCAGUUCUGCAUCACCAGAGGAGCUUCACGGUGCAGCUCUGCCGGCCACAGUACAGAUAUUAUUUAAAAAAACAAACCCUUUCGCAGGAGGGAAGGAUCGAUCCCUGCAGGAACCGAACCGUGUUUGUUGGAGGAGCAGCGGAGGAGAAUCCUGAUCUGUCGGCGGAGGAAGGGACGUGAUAUGAGCCUCUCAUCGGCUUAAACUGCAGCGCAACAGCCUCGAUUUUUUCCUGCAAGGGGAGGACCGAGAGGACAUUUGUACCUUUAACCUGCAGCUAAAGGCCCGACGCAAGCGACAGCCACCAUGCCCGGGUUUGAUUACAAGUUUCUGGAGAAGCCAAAGAGACGCUUCCAGUGUCCGCUCUGCAGCAAGGCGAUGCGGGAGCCGGUCCAAGUGUCCACCUGUGGACACCGCUUCUGUGACACCUGUCUGCAAGAAUUUUUAAGUGAGGGAGUCUUCAAGUGUCCAGAGGAUCAGCUGCCGUUAGACUAUGCCAAGAUCUACCCAGACCCAGAGCUGGAGCAGCAGAUCCUGGCGCUGCCCAUCCGCUGCAUCCACAGCGAGGAGGGCUGCCGCUGGACCGGCCAGAUGAAGCAGCUGCAGGGCCACUUCUCCACCUGCGCCUUCAACGUGAUCCCCUGCCCCAAUCGCUGCUCCGUCAAGCUGACGCGCCGCGACUUGCCCGACCACCUGCAGCACGACUGCCCCAAGCGCAAGGUGAAGUGUGAGUUUUGUGGCAGCGAGUUCACCGGUGAAGCCUACGAGAACCACCAGGGUGUGUGUCCUCAGGAGAGCGUUUACUGUGAGAACAAGUGUGGAGCGAGGAUGAUGCGCCGGCUGCUGUCCCAGCACAGCAUGGCCGAAUGUCCCAAACGCACGCAGCCCUGCAAGUACUGCGGCAAGGAGUUCGUCUUCGACACAAUCCAGAACCACCAGUACCACUGCCCUCGCUUCCCUGUCCAGUGCCCAAACCAGUGCGGCACGCCCAACAUCGCCCGAGAGGACCUGGCCAACCACGUGAAGGACAACUGUGGCAGCGCCCUCGUUCUCUGCCCUUUCAAAGACGCCGGCUGCAAACACAGGUGCCCCAAACUGGCCAUCGGUCGUCACCUGGAAGACACCACUAAAUCCCACCUGACUAUGAUGUGUAACCUGGUGGGUCGCCAACGGCAGGAGAUCCUGGAGCUGCGGAGGGAGAUGGAGGAGCUGUCGGUCAGCCACGACGGCGUCCUCAUCUGGAAGCUCAACGACUACUCCCGCAAGCUCCAGGAAGCCAAACUGCGAAGCAACCACGAGUUCUUCAGCCCGCCCUUCUACACUCACCGCUACGGCUACAAGCUGCAAGUGUCGGCCUUCCUGAACGGUAACGGCAGCGGCGAAGGUUCCCACCUGUCCGUCUACAUCCGAGUGCUGCCCGGAGAGUACGACAACCUGCUGGAGUGGCCCUUCUCCUACAAGGUGACCUUCUCCAUCCUAGACCAGAGCGACCCGUCGCUUUCCAAACCGCAGCACAUCACGGAGACCUUCAACCCUGACCCCAACUGGAAGAACUUCCAGAAGCCCUGCAGCAGCCGCAACUCGCUGGACGAGAGCACCCUGGGCUUCGGCUACCCCAAGUUCAUCUCACACGAGGAGAUCAAGAAGAGGAACUACAUCCGAGACAACUGCAUCUUCAUCAAGGCUUCUAUAGAGAUUCCCCAGAAGAUAAUGGCUUAAGAUCCAGCCUUUGCGUUGUGUUUAUGAAGGAGACAGAUGGGUUAAAGACUGGAACUGAAGACUUAACCUUGAAUACUUCUACACACUUACCCUUUAGAUACUUUGUGCCCUUACAGCCUCUCCACCACGGAGCUUGAAGUGAGUCUGUUUGGCUGUGCGAGCCGACUCGGAGGACCUUGAUGCAUCACAGAGGAGAAAGUGUUUGGUCUGCAGAACCAUCACUCUCUGGUGUUUCUUUUUAUUAUUUUUUUCUAUCUGUUUGUUGACCUUUUAUCACAGACUACAACAAAAAGCCUUUGAAAUCAAACAGUGCCUAGAGAGUUUAUCUUAAGUUAUAAUUUUGUUGUUUCCGCAGUACAGAUGUUGAAGAUUAUGGAGAAGAUAUAAAAAUAAGGGUGAUGGGCUUCACUAAGCCGCUGCACUUAGAGUAGAGAAAGAAGGCGAGAAGCUGUUUGGAGAUGUCCUGCUUUAUCUGGGAUGAUCUAAAGAAGAGGGAGCUCAGCAGACUCAAGCUCAAGCCCAACUGCCUUUUGUUUCCAUGCUCAUCCAGUAUACCAAUCCCUGAAACAAGAACUGCACCUGAGGUUAGUGUACACAAAAGCAAACAAAUCUGUGUUUUCAGGUGAGAAACUAGCAGCUCAGAUAUUGGUCAUUUUCAUGUUUUAAUGGAAUAGAUUGAUUUUUGGUGGGAGAAUCAACCACUCUGGUGUCGUUUUACCAAAUAUGAAACUAUAGUCAACAGCUGGUUAGCUUAACUUAGCAUAAAGGUUGCAGAAUCUACCUAUCAGCAGCUGGAGAAGCUAAUAAACAGUCAUAUGAGUUAUUGGUUCAAUCUAUACAAAAACCUUCAAACAGAGCCAGGCUAGCUGUUUCAUUUGUUUUAGAGUCCUAAUGCUAAGCUAACUAGCUACCAGCUGUAGCUUUAAAUGAAUCAGAAAGAUAUGUCAGCCCCAGUACAACUUUCUGGCUUUUAAAACCACACAAAAACAGUCAUGCUAAACCAGGGCUGCAUUUUAAAGGAAAGUUUCUCACCUGCUAACAUUAAAGUUACAAAUCUGUGUCUUCUUCCCAUCACAGAAACUGUUUGUCAGUGGGUUAACAGUCGUACAUUAGCUUCAGGAGCCACUGAUGUACCAAACACACUUCAUAGUGACCCUAGGAGGCUUCAUGUCUACUGUGGAGUCCACCAAUAAGAUAAAGAAAGCACCUUUUGUUGGUCUUUGGAUGAGCAGAGCAGACAAAGAGGCCAGUUGACAGAGUAAACGUGCAUUUAAUAGUGAAGGAAAAGCCAUGUGGCCUUUUUAUAACAGUAUGUCUUCGCAUUAGGGUUUUAGGGGAGAGCAGGGCAACAGAAACACAUGCAUGCUUCAUGUUCUACCACCUGGAUCACAUUUUUUUGUACUGUAACCUGUAUUCUUGAAAUCCUCUCCUGUUAAUGGCUGUUUUGUCUCUCUUUUUUUUAGACCAUUUGAAAGUUUGACAAAUUGUCAUAAGAAUAUUUUUUUUAAGUUUUGUUUUUCUAUACAGAAAAUGUGAACGCUGUCGGUAAUCUAACCUAUAAAGACAAUGAACACUUGGCUGUGAAGUGUGUUGCGUAGCCUGGGCCUGGAUGGAGGGCGCACGUUUGAAAAGAUGGUCUAAAGACACAUAUAUGGGUGUCUCGGGACUGACUUGUUACCAUGGUCACCGGUGUCUGUCUUCAGCUGGACACACAAAGUGACGAUGAGGAGCAGCCCAGCGCUACACCCGUCUCCACCAGAGGACGAACCAAGAUGCUCAUGAUGUAUGUGAAUACUAAUGUAAAAAUGCAGAAGCACAUUCUGUCUUUUUAUUAUUCUACAUGGAAAAGCUCCUGAUUUCCUGUCAUAAUACCAGCUGAUAUUUUACAGUGAUUUAAAGAAGCGAGAAGAUUAAAAAAAAAAUUUUUUUUGUAAGAUUCUGUAUUUUUAAAAAUACUUAGCUGUUUUAUACAAAAACCCUUUUCGUUGGAGAGUCGGGGUUGACUUUGGGAAUUUUCAGACCCUUUCGUCUCUUGGACAUUUGGAUGAUCUGUCUGUGUGGUUUGAGCCUCACAUAUUCUGUCUGUAUUAUUUCCUCUUAAAAGUAUUUAUUUUAAAGGAGCCGUCAUGUGACUUUGCACAGGCGGUGCAAAUGUUUUAAUAUGUUGAUUGAUGAGUGCUUGUCAAUUUCCUAACUGAAAUAAAAUACCAUAUAUUAUA